AUGGGCAUAGUGCGCAAGAACGCCCAGCAGAUUCUGUUCGUCGUCGUGUACGCCUGGCACCCGGAAUAUCUACUAAGGAACCGAACCACGGCAGUCGGUCGACAGUACGACGCAGCUUUGAACAUUGCUGCGGCAUUGAGCGGCGUAGACACCAAAGCAGGGUACUUCGAAGCCCGAGCAGCAAGAACGCACGAGAAGAGCGGAAGAAGCCCAACCCAGAGCAAGUCGACAGUCUCUCAGCCCCCUCCAUCCCUAGCUCUCGUGACCGCCACAGAAACAGAACGGACGAAGAGGGCAUACGAGGUAGAGGCGCUCAACAAAAGGCCGACCCGAAAGACGCUACGAUACCAACGAACAGUAACAUACGACAAAAACGUGCCUUUAGACAACUACGGCCUGAACAACCAAGCUAUUAUCCAGGCAGCACAGUCAGACGAUGCCUUCCCAAGCGGCAAGAUUCUCUCCCGACCCACCAUGUUCGCGGAGACAACCAAUACUUAUUUUUACCGCCCAUCAGAAGCCGCUAAAGCAAGACAGCCAACCACAACGAACUCAGCGCGUCCCAGUCAGGGAAGCGCACAGGGUAGCUGGGUGGUACAGCCGAUAGUGUCUAAGUAA